GUGAUCUCUCCUCUCUCCAGUUCAAAGGAGAGUUGAUUCUCUGGGUGCUGUUACAUCUGACUUCCACCAUGUGUUUUCUGUCCAAGGCGUUAGCUCUGGCUCUGCUGCUGACCCUGACCACAGCCGCUCCGACUCCUGAAGAAUGUGCCAAUCUGAAAAAAACCCUAUCAGCUGAGGAGCUGCACACGAUCUCUGGGAAGUGGAUCUUGCACGAGGCCUACGUUUUGAGCGAUGUUGAAUACAUCGGACAGUCAAUGAAAGAGACCAACAGCUCCUGGAUUGAAUUUAACCCUGCACACAACAACCAGACAUUCAUUGCUAAACAGGGACUUAUGGUGAAUGAGAUGUGCAUCCGCUAUUCGAACAAUUUUACAGUAGUUGGAAAUACAUUCCAAAACGCAGCUUCCCCUCAAGGUUCAACAUCCUUCCUGAAGACCUGUGAUGACUGCCUGUUGAUGCACUUCAGCAAUAGUGCAGGGAGUAGCACUAAUCUACUUUUACUUUAUGCCAAGACAGAGAAGGUACCACAGAAAGACCAGGAAGAAGUCAGGGAACAAGCCAAAUGUCUGGGCUUCCAACAGCCUCCACUUUUCACCUACACACAAGCAGAGUUGUGUCCGGAGCAGAGUGAAACCACCAAAGAAACUGAAGAAUAACAGAUCCAUGAUCAUUAAAAUGCUUAGAAAUACA